AUGGCACCAGCUCCACGCGUGGAUAUGCUCGCCAAAGAAGCAUUCGCAUCUGUCUUCGGGGGAGCUAAAACACAAAGUUAUAAUGAUUCCGGCGCGAAGGGACCAGGAUCGCAUACACUUCGGACACUGGCAUGGAAUCCUGCCGGCCAGCUGAUUGCAACCGGCUCCGCUGAUAGAACGCUGCGCAUCUGGAACCCGGAGCGUACUUUGAUAAGAUACUCGACUGAACUUCGAGGGCAUUCUGGUGCCGUGGAGAGUGUUCUUUUUAAUCCGGUCCGCGAUGCAGAGUUGGCUAGCUGCUCUGCAGAUGGCACGGUGCGCUUCUGGGAUGUUCGCUCUAAGACGUGCGUUAGCCGUCUAGAUGUUGGAGGCGAGGCAUUUACUCUAUCCUGGUCUGCUGAUGGAAGUAACAUGCUCGUGGGAAGAAAGGACGACACCUUGGUCCCUAUCUCUGUUCAGUCGCCAUCCACACCGACAUUGCUCUCCAACAGAACUGGGCCAUUCGAUGGUGCUACAAUGGACUUCGCCUCCAAACCUGACUCGCCGACCUAUACUGCCCUCCCUUCUCACCCGCAGUCCGUACAAACGAACGCAACAACCUUCUCGCACCACAUAGCCUCCCCUACCUCUCCAGAUCUACACCUCUUCCUUACAACCGGCGAGGGUCGUGUCAAGAUCGUCUCUUAUCCUUCCUUCGAAACCAUACACACCUUGAACGCCCAUACAUCCUCUUGUAAUGCUAUAUCUCUCGCGCCCAAUGGCCGUUAUCUUGCUGUAGGUGGAAGCGACGCUUUGAUAUCGCUGUGGGAUACAACGGACUGGAUAUGUCGUCGCACAUGCUCUAGUGAGAAUGGUGGCGCCAUCCGAGGUGUGAGUUGGAGCUUUGAUGGGCGCUACGUCUGUGGUGCGUCGGAUGAGCCUGAAACACCCUCGAGCGGGCUGGACAUUUUCCACGCCGAGACUGGGGAACGUGUUUAUACCGUUCCAACUUCUGGCCCCAGGGUUGGAAUCCCGGCUGUUGCAUGGCAUCCGUCGAGGUAUUGGUUGGCUUACUCGACUAUUAAUGAUCACCCGGGUGGCUCUGGGCUGAAGAUUGUGGGCGCUGGUGGUGGUGGUGGCGGUGGUGGUAUGACAAUAUAA